AUGAGUAUAUAUAAUCUCUGGAAUAAAGAAGUUAAAGAACCAAAACUUAAAUCGUCUUUGUCUAACUCAAGUGAAUGGAAUUUAAAAUCUCCUUUAGCGACCCCGAGAUCCUCUUCUCCACCGAGUAGAGCUGGUGAAACAAUUUUCCAAAACUAUAUUGAACUGAUCAAAUCAAAAUCAAAUAUAUCAACAGAAGCUAAACAAACUGAACAAUUGGAUAGACCUUUCGACUUUUACGAUGACGAAGAGUUCGCUUUUGGAAUUAAUUUAUUAAAUAAUAAUGUGGCGUGUGUUGGUGAUAACAUAACAAAACUUAUUCAAAUGGCUCAAGAGCCCUGGCCCGAUAAUGUGAAGUUAUUCCAGCCCUAUGAAGUAGAACAGAUCUUACUUCCCGACAAUGCAAGCUGCCUGGCUGUUCAAGCAUUCUUGAAGAUCUGCAACCUUCCCUUUGAAGUGGAAAUGCGAUGGAACGCAGAAUUUAUGUCACCAUCGGGCCGAGUACCUUUCAUAAAAUGUGGAGCUUUUGUUGUAUCGGAAUUGGAACCAAUAGUACAGUUUGCAGCCAACAAGGGAGUAUCAUUAUGUUCCCGGUUAAGUACAGAAGAGAGGGCGGAAAUGAGGGCUUACAUGAGUUUGAUUACCAAUGUGCUUGUUAAUGCAGAGUUAUACAUAUCUUGGUUAGACCAGGAGACAUUUAAUACGGUGACGAGAAUAAGGAACUCAUCUGUGUAUCCUUGGCCGCUCGGCUGGUUGCAGACUAGAUCAAAGAGAUCAACGGUUAUUAAACGAUUGAAGGCACUUCAUUGGCAUGAUAAGACCCUGGAUCAAGUGUUGGCUGAUGUGGAACAAUGCUGCAACUCUCUGAGCCAACGACUUGGUGAUAAAGAUUUCUUCUUUGGAACUCCCACGCCACUAGAUGCCCUAAUAUACGGUCACCUAAGAGCCCUACUCUCAGCGAGAGGCCCUAAAGCUGCACUUAUGAUAAAACCCAUAACAAAUGCUUUAUUACGACAUUUGAUAAGAAUGUCGCAUCUGACAAAAAUGAAAUUGACGUUCCAAGAAGAAUAUUUAGUGGCUCAGGGUUGUCAGUUAUGCCGCCGCUUGUCACCAGUGAGAACUGUGUCUAGGAGCAAACGAUCGAAACUCUGCAUGCGCAACCCUAGCCGUGAGAAUUUCAGAAAUAAGGAUGUCUUUGGUUUCAAACCUUUCGCAUCCAAACAAAUAAUUAUAAUGACGUCAAAUGAAGGUGACGUCACUUGCGAAUGCGACCAACCAAAUAGUGGUGUGACUGAAGAAGAAUUGGCGGGCAUUAUCGAUAUAAUGAUGGAGAUUAUCGAUAAAGUGGAUGAUAUUAUCGAUAAAUACGAUAGAAACGGCUUCGAAGUGAUUGCUGGAUACGAUAAUAUGAGGAAUAUGGAUCUGGAUACUAUAGAUGAAAAGACAGAUGUCACUGUACUUGAUAUAGGUGAAGAAGAAAUACAAGUUAUAGAUGGGGCUAUAGAUAUAAAUAGUGAUGGGACAUAUAGGAAUAUCGAUAAUGACAAUGUUGCCACUUGCCAUAUAGAUAAUGAAACUAGAUACGAAGAGGAUAUUGUUGAACAGCAAUUGUUGAGUAACAAUUUAGAGAAUGAUUCCGGACAUAAUGAGAUUAGCGUUGAAAAUCCGGAUAUUGAAUCUGAUAAAGCGAUGGUUUCCAAUAUGGAGCCUGAUUUGGACACAAGCCCCACAGAGCUGGACGCGUUAGUAUUUGGUCACGUGUUCACAAUUAUAACAACUCGCCUGCCGUGUCGUAAACUCGCGGACACAGUCAGAAAACACACGACACUAGUAGCUCUCGCAAAGAGAAUAGAUGAGCAAUACUUUAAAAGGGCAUAG